AUGGGAAAAAAUACAGAUAAACUAUACAUAACAAAUUCUGAAUGGUCUGGAAUAGAUGGACAACAUAGUGCAGCUAGUGGGAUUACAAAAAGAAAAAUAAUUCAAUCUUUUUCUCGAUUACCUUUUCAAUACUGCAACUUAUCAUUGCAACCAUUUGAAAAUCCUGUAUGCACUAUAAAUGAAGCAAAUGAAGCUACUAUUUUUGAAUUACUACACAUAAUUCCAUAUAUAAAAAAACAUAAAACAAAUCCAAUAACAGGAGAAAAACUAGAAACGAAAUCCCUUCUAAAAUUGAAAUUUUAUAAAAAUGAAAAAGGGGAGUAUUGCUGCCCAAUCACAUAUAAAAUAUUUAAUAACCAUACUCAUAUUAUUGCAAUAAGAACAUCUGGAAAUGUAUUUUCAUGGGAUGCUGUAGAUAAUCUGAACCUUAAAACUAAAAACAUGAAUGAUUUACUAACUAAUGAAUUAUUUACAAAAAACGAUAUCAUCACUAUUCAGAAUCCAUAUAAUCUUCAGAAUCAUAAAGUAUCGGAAUUAAAACAUUUUAAUGAAGAUACUAAUCCUAUAAAAAUUCAAAGAAAUAAUGACAAACGAUCAGAGUCCAAAAUACACAUUACAAAAAGGGCUGUAAAUUCAGAAUCGGUGUUUGAAAAUAGUUAUAACAUAAACCUUAUUCCAGAAAAUAAAAAAAUAUGUUUAAAUCUUAAAGAAUCAGAAAAUAAUUUAAUAUAUUCUGAACAAAAAAAAGUACUAUAUAAUUUAGCACCAUACACUACUGGUCUUGCAGCUGCAAGUUUUACUAGUACAUCUCUUACACCCGUUACAUCUCUGGAAAGAGCUUUAUAUAAUGAUGAAGAUUAUAUGCUAAUACCUAAAAAAAUAAAAACAAAAGGAUAUGCUAGAAUUCAAACAAAUUUAGGAAAUAUCAAUGUAGAAUUAAAUGCAAAAUGGGCACCUAAAGCUGUUUAUAAUUUCAUUAUGCUCGCAAAACGUGGUGAUUAUAAAAAUGUAAUAUUUCAUAAGAAUAUCAAAAAUUUUAUGAUUCAAGGAGGAGAUCCUACAGGGACAGGAAGAGGAGGAAAAUCAUUUUGGGGACAUGAUUUCAAUGAUGAAAUCCAAGGCCCGUUAAGCCAUAAUGAAAGAGGAAUACUUAGUAUGGCUAACAAAGGAAAAAACACAAACUCAUCACAAUUUUUUAUAACUUAUAAAGAAACAAAAAGUUUAGACCGUAAACAUACUGUUUUUGGUAAAGUAGUUGGUGGAAUGGAUACUUUAGAUAAAAUGGAAAAUAGUCCGGUAGAUUCAUCAAAUAAGCCUAUUUCAGAUAUAAUAAUAGCAGAUAUUAUUGUCUUCAUAGAUCCCUUUGAAGAAUUUAAGAGAACACAACUUUUAGAAGAACAAAAACAAAAAAGCAUAAAUUAUAAAGAAGAUCAUAACACAACAACAUGGACAGGUAAAUCUUUAAUCAUAAAUAAAAAUAUUCAGCAAAAUUCAAUCGUAGGGAAGUAUCUAAAACAAAACAACCUAAUAAAUAAAAUAGACAAAGAAACUACAGAAGCAAUUAAUAAACCUAUAGCAUCUGAAUUGCAAAAAAAAAGAGGAAAAUUUGGAAACUUCGAUAACUGGUAA